GCUUCACUUGCGACAGUUGUCGUUCGGUCGCUCUCAAAGAAUCAUCUCGGCUUCAUCGUAAACCGUCUUCGCUCGAAAGACUUUUAGAAAAACCCUCCAAAAGUAUUCGAAAGAAUCUCAAACGCGUUUCUCAAUUAAAUCUCGAAAAAAUUUUAUUGAGUAAUUUUUCGAGUAUUUUUCAAGAGACUGUCAAACGAUUUUGAAGGAACUUUUAGAGUCUCGUGAGCAGCUAUUGACAGAACUAGAAAGAAAUUAGUGUAAACAUCAGUUACGAAAUUCCAGGAUGGUGAAUCUAAAAAACGCCUUCGGGGCUGACGAGCUUACCGAUAAGAAGGCCGGUCUUCCUCGUGGUCUUUUGGCAGAAUUUCUCGGCACUCUGUUGCUCAAUUUCUUCGGCUGCGGUGCUGUGGUAACUGAAAAUGUUGUCGCCAUCGGUUUGGCUUUUGGUCUGGUGGUGGCGAGCGCGAUUCAGGGAAUAGGUCACGUUUCUGGCGGUCACGUCAACCCUGCAGUCACGUGCGGUCUCAUCAUCAUCGGCAAGGUGCCGAUCAUCAGGGGCAUCCUGUAUAUCAUUGCGCAAUGUGCGGGCGCAAUCGCAGGCUCGGCGAUUCUGCGAGCUCUUUCAGCGGAUACAUCGGAGGAUGCUCUGGGUGUAGUGAAGCUCUCUAAGGGAAUUACUCCGGUCCAAGGACUCGGCGUGGAGUUCUUCCUAGCAUUGAUCUUGGUCCUGGUUAUUUGCGGUGCGUGCGAUGCCGCUAAACCAGACAGCAAAGGCAUCGCGCCUCUCUUAAUCGGCCUGGUGGUCACCGUCGGCCAUAUUGUCGGCGUGCCGCGAACAGGUGCCGGGAUGAAUCCGGCGCGUUCGCUGGGUAGCGCCGUGGUGAUGGGCGCCUUCGAUGAUCACUGGGUAUACUGGGUAGGACCGAUUAUGGGAGGUAUCGCCGGUGCGCUAAUUUAUGUACACGCAGUUGGGCCCGCCAAGGAACCGGAAAUCCCCGCUAGGACCUACGCCUCCGUUGCCAGCGAGGAGAAGGAGAGGUUCGAGUAUAUUGACAGCGGACAUAACGGACUUUAAGCUCCAGAAUCUUACCGCCAGGAAACACGUCAAUCCUGCUUGAUGCUCUAAUCAACACUUUAACAAUCUCGUCAGUUCGCAAAUUGUGUUAUCGAUAAUACAUAUACGAUAAGAAUUAUUAGACGGCUUUUAUUGUGAAAAGUACGAAGCGCAAACUGCAAAACUGAAGUUUAGUAUUGCUUUUUAAAAGAAUAAUAUUUUUAACAAAACAUCGGUUUGUAAUGAUCGCUAAAAACGAUCUAGAGAUGCAAUUAUUGCAAUCAUAAUUAAUUUUAAAAUAAAAAUUUUUGUACAGGAUUUUCACAUUUUUGUUGACUUUUGUAACAAUUCUGUUGAAAUAAAAGCAUUAAUUUAAUCUUAUAAACAUAUUAUAAUGCCAAAUAUAAUAAUUUUCAAGAAUUUUUUUUUGUAAAAUGUUGCCAAUUCAUAAAGAUUUUCAUUAAACACAUAAAUUAUAUAAUUAAAUAAAAGUUUAAUUAUAUCAUACGUUUCUAAAUCGUCUUGAAUCAUAUAAGAUAAGAAUGAAAAGACAAUGAAGAAAACCGAAACAAGAUCUUUCGUUACAAAAUAUUUUACAAUGCCGACAUGUCAUGCCACAUUGGACUAUAAGUGCAAUUGAUAUUGUAAAUUGCACGUAUUGCAUUUUGAUAACAUUUUGAUAAUUUAUCAAUGGAAUAUUCGGCUGAAUUCCCACCGUGCUUCAUUAAAAAUUGAAAAAUCACGCAACUCUUAUUAAAACAUAUUUGAUAUUUUGACAUUUAAUUUUAUAUUUAAUUAUGACAUUCAGAGCAUUUUUGGUAUAUGCACUUUUCUUCAUCAACAUAAAAAUUUUCAAACAUUUUUUUAAUUUAUUUUUAAGUAUUCAUUGCUCUCUCAUCAUCAGUAAAAAUCAUCAUGUCUUAAUUUAAUUUCUAAUUGUUUAUUCUCAUUUAAUUAUUAAUUGAGACUGAUCAUGCAAUAUUGCAAUAAUUCAUGAUUCUCUGAUAAUUUAAUAAUUAAUUUAAUCACACAUAUAAAAAUACUUAAUUUGUAAUAAUAAAUGUGCGGGUAUAAAAAAUUCGUCUCAAUGGGAUUAUUCUAUUUUUAUUAUUAUAUUUAAUUAAUUUAUGCGCUUGCGUGACUUUUCGAUCAUUUUGCUUAAUGUUAGAUUAAUAUGUUUAUGCAUGUUCGUAGCCAUUUCGCGCAAGUUCACACGCGAAUUUAUAAUCAAUUUCCAAGAUAUUUUUUUAUCUAUUCACCGUGGAUGUUCUCUGAAUCUUUCAUACCUACAUGCACGACAGCGAAUAUUUGAUUAAAUGCCACUAAUUUCGUAAAAGUCAUAAAAAUAUAACUAAUUGUCAAGUAUUGUGAUCACACAUACGUGACAUUUAAUCCAUCUACAUACAUUUAACGCACUUUCGUAACAGUAUGUAUUUCUUUUAUAAAUGAAAGU